AUGGAGCGCAGACAGAGGCAGGCGGCUCUCUCUUUCCUCAACAACAUCUCGGUCGAUGGAAAAGCAGCGGAGACGACCGGGGCUCAGAGUCGAGCUGAGGAUGGCCCCGCAUUCUCGCUUUUAACAUCUGCUCAACCAUCAACAUCUGCAGGAGAACAGCAGCCCGGUAAAGAGGAGGAGUGUGGAGCAAGCCUUUUAAGUGUCAUGAGACCAAGGAGCAGCAGACGAGUUCAUUUCAUCAAAAACAUGAGACAACACGAUACUCGCAAUGGAAGGAUAGUUUUGAUCAGCGCCAGAAGAGCUCUGUACGGGAUGUUUUCUGUCCUGCCCUAUCGAGACUUCAGCCAGAUCCACGAUCAAAGGAUAGACUGCGUCCAUCAGAAGAUCUUCAGCGGAGCGUCUGGAGAAGCUGUGAUUGGUUUCUAUGCUGCCGAACCUGGAGACAAGGGCAAGACGGUGUCGUACACAAACCUUCUCUCUCACACGAAUGCUUUGAGCGGCAGCAGUGGUGCCGACAUCUUCUCACAGCAUUCUGGGUCACAGUGUGUUUUGAGUUCAGCGUGUGACGUCCUCGCUCAGACCGGAGUAAAGAGAGGAUUCAAAGGGAAAAACAUCGAUGACUAUGACCCAAAUCUUCUGGAUGAUCCACAGUGGCCAUGUGGGAAACACAAACGAGUGCUGGUCUUUCCGUCUUAUAUGACGACGGUCAUUGAAUACGUGAAGCCGUCCGACCUGAAGAAAGACAUGAACGAAACAUUCAGCGAAAAGUUUCCACACGUUCAACUGACCCUCAGCAAAAUCAGAAGGUAAAGACUCACAGUUACCCAGCUUAAGCAUUUUUACUGUACCUCUUACUUUCUUUUACCGUGGCGUUCUCAGCCUGAAAAGAGAGAUCCGUAAAUUAGCCCAGGAGGAUUGUGGGUAUGAAGAAC